GACCUCAAGCUCUGGGUGGUAUAUUCUUACGAUCUCGAUGCACACCAUCACUCUGAUCCGCACACGAGCACUUUCCCUUUCCUUGCGGGGAAUAUUCCUGCUUCAGCCUGAAUAGUUGCUGGUGAGAGGACCCUAAGUUGAGAAAGGUUGACGUUCCGGGUUCUCGAAGUUCCGUGGCCCGAAUGCAGAACCUGCUCUUGUUCCGGGCAGCUCCUGAACUUGUACCAAAAUUGCGGCAGCAAUGUGCAACAGUACACCUCAAAUUCCUCCAUAAUUGUCGUAAGGUACACCUAGUCCGCGCAUUAUACGUUUACUUUAUAUCAAUAAGAAUGGCCUCUGCAUCAGUGGAAAAACCAAGAUACAUAAAACUCACAUUCUACCUGAAACGCCUGCCUGGUUGCACCGAGGAGAAGUUCCAUCGGUAUUGGGCUCAGAAUCAUGCUCAAGUAGCAAUGGAACAUGACAUCUUUAACAAAAAUGUCCGCAGGUACAAUCAAUAUCAUAUCCCUCCAGAGCUGAAAACUGCCGCGGCGGAAACGGGUAUACCAACGCUCGACUGUGAUGGCGUGGCGGAGAUUUGGGUGGAUAGUUUGGAGAGCUGGAAGGAAGUCACGAGCAAUAUUGAUUUCGUGAAGGCAAUUGCUGCCGACGAAACGCAUUUCUUGGCGCAAGAUCGAGCGAUACUGAUUGGGUAUGAUAAUUUAAUCAUUGGAAAGGAUGUUUUGUCGUAGUUGGUGGGAUAAAACGACGCCCACUUCUUCUUCACUACUCUGCUCGACGCAUGGAAUAUUCAAUUCGCUCAGUAUAGCUCGUACUAUCCGGCAUUUGCACUCUCCAAUUUACUUAGCAAGCCAAGUAGGGGAAAUAAUUUACGAAAUUCCCCAAACCCAGGAAUAGAAUAUCUAGUGGGGGCUUUAAAGAGGCUGAACAUGAGUUUCAGAC